UUUAGUUACAAAAGGCUUUCGUAUGAUUUAGUUCAGAGAUACACUAAAAAACACUUUAUAAAUAUCUUCAAAACAAUCAUUAUAUUUUCAUAUUGGUAAUCAGCUACUUCCUGAAGGUUUAUUAAAAAUCUAUUAAUAGAUGUUAAAUUGAAUGAUAUUUAUGAAAAGAAAAAAGAUCCAGAGGAUGGUUUUUUAUACAUCACUUAUUCAGACUUAGAAGUUUUCGGUUGAUAAUUUUAUGUAUUUAAUAUAAAUCCC